CGUAGCACGUCGCGUCGUUCACCCCUGACACGACCACGUGACCCGAAUGGCGUCGACAGCGAGUGCGACGGCCCUGAAUGCCGAGCGAGACGGUGGUGCACGAAACGUGCCGAUGCCGGCCGACUACGCACGAGGGCGUCGCGAAGGCAACCACGUUUUCUACCCUCGGUUUCAGUCUGUCGUGGUGUGUCCUGUCGGCCGGCUGGUGCGGUAGUACACGCGCCCUUCUCUCGUUCUCUCCCUCCUCCGUUCGUCACUCUUUCUCUGAUCGGUGUUUUCUAUCGGUUAUAUACACUCGCGUGAUUUUAAUCUGCGCGCGCCAAAUUGUCGUUGCUCCCGUGCAACGUUCGCGGCGAGGAGGGAGGUUAUUCGAUGGAGGCACGGGGUCCAGUGGGAAGCCGGCGAACAGUGUUGUGAGUUCAUUUUCAUGUGAGCGCGAAGCGUUUACGGUUUCGACUCGAUUUUACCGCGUGCUCCAAUCAAGGACCGGAUUGACAACGGAAGGAUUUGUGACAUCGAGAGGACCGUCCAACGGCGCGGAUUUCAUCGUCUCGUGAUCACCGCAACGGACAUGCAUCCGGAGAAACGCCGUACCGCGGACCGAUAAACGUGGCUGGCUGUUGACUCGAUGCAGAGGGACGCUAAGGAAAUGGCUACGUGACGCGAUAGAAAAGAACCUGGCCGCAAGAUGAACACGAACGGCAAUGUCGGCUCUCAGGAGGGUGGGAACGGUACCGAUUACGGCUCGAGCGAGGAGACGGCUGCCCUGCUUAGCAGGGCGCCACCCCCGCCGGUCGUUGUUGCCGCGGCGUCUCAGGGCAAGCCGGUGCUCACGCGACAGGAUCGAGCAACCUUUCUGGUUGCCUCGCCACAGUUGUCCGUCUCGGGGCUCGGCGGCUCCGAGGAGAGCGGCACCACCGAGGAUCCGGCUACGAGAUCGGUACCGGACAUCGAGCUGCACUGCAGGCUAGACGGCGAGACUCAGUCACAACUGCAGCCGCCACAGCCUCAACCGCAAGUGCAGCAAACGAUCAUGCCUACCGGUUACAGGACCAGGCAAUCUUCCCACCAACACAGGUGUCGCUGCGAUCGUAGGGACUCGUUGGCUCCUUCGUCGGCGCUGCAUCUGGCCAGAAGUGUGUCUAGAGAAAGCGUGAAAAGCGGGCAUCACUGUUGCCCUUGCCAGGCGCCGCCACCUCCGGUUCUAGUCACAACGUCGCCGAGUGCACGCAUAAUACGACAAAGCUCGCAACCGGAAGCGUCCGCGUGUUGUUGUUCCGGAUGUUGUUGUCCCUUACACACCGGCACGACACCGAGUGCUGCCUCCCUGCGGCAGUUGCGCGAGCCUGGCGAUGGAAUUGCCGGCAUCGCAGCGGACUCGUUGCGGAUCAAUGGCGGUAUUCGACAAUUCCGACAGUUCCCCUGGUGGUGCAAAUCGUCGUCGACGACAAUGCCGACGACGCCUCCGCCACCCAUCGCUGCGGUACCCGGCCCCGGUUCCGGUUCAGGCUCUGGUUCCGGUUCACAGGGUGCCCAGGGCGUCGUACUCUGUCCACGUACGCUGUCGCAGGUCCGACGUUCACGGCUACGAAGGGCCCUCACCGAGGCGACCGCCGAGACCGUCAACUACGUCAAGACGUUACGGAAGCCAGUGUCGACACUCUCGAUCCCGGGGGCGAUGAAGAACAGCGGUGGCGUGGCCGGUGGGGGCGGCGUGGGGGGCGCCGCGGGUGGCGCCGGGGGUGCUGGUUGCGGUAGCGGCGGCGCUACCGGAACCGGCGAGGACGCCGGUAUCGCCCUGGUCGGCGUCCACUCGGAGUACCCACGGUACGUGGACGACCGCGUGUUAGCCGGCGGUGGCCAGGUAAAAGGACCAUCGGGCAGCAUAGGACCGGGCUCAAAGCACAAACCGAACGUUGGCUACCGGCUCGGCAGGAGGAAGGCCCUGUUCGAGAAGCGGAAACGCAUCAGCGACUACGCGCUCGUCAUGGGCAUGUUCGGCAUUAUCGUGAUGGUCAUCGAGAACGAACUGUCCAGCGCCGGAGUCUACACCAAGGCCUCGUUUUACUCGACAGCACUGAAAACCCUGAUCUCUGUGUCUACUGUGAUACUGAUUGGCCUCAUAUUUGCUUACCAUGCCUUAGAAGUUCAGUUGUUCAUGAUCGAUAACUGCGCGGACGAUUGGCGAAUCGCGAUGACCUGGCAGAGGAUCGCGCAGAUUUCACUCGAGUUGUUAAUCUGUGCGAUCCAUCCGAUCCCAAGGGAAGAUUAUUUCCUGUGGACGACCAAGCUGGCAAACAAGGGCGGUAACAUCGGUUCGACAUGGGUGCCAUACGACGUUAUCCUAUCGUUGCCGAUGUUCUUCAGACUCUACCUCAUCUGUCGCGUUAUGCUGCUGCACUCGAAGCUGUUCACGGACGCCUCGUCGCGCAGCAUAGGGGCCUUGAAUCGUAUUAACUUCAACACCAGAUUCGUCCUGAAGACCCUGAUGACCAUCUGCCCGGGAACCGUGUUGCUAGUCUUCAUGGUCUCCUUAUGGAUCAUCGCCUCGUGGACGUUACGCCAGUGCGAGAGGUUUCACGACGAGGAGCACGCGAAUCUCCUUAAUGCUAUGUGGCUCAUUGCUAUCACGUUUCUGAGCGUCGGUUUCGGUGACAUCGUGCCCAACACGUACUGCGGUCGAGGUAUAGCCGUUUCUACUGGAAUAAUGGGCGCCGGAUGUACGGCCUUGCUGGUGGCGGUUGUUUCCCGAAAGCUGGAGCUCACCAGGGCGGAGAAGCACGUUCAUAACUUUAUGAUGGAUACGCAAUUAACGAAAAGGUUGAAAAACGCCGCGGCGAACGUGUUGCGCGAGACGUGGCUAAUUUACAAGCACACUCGGCUGGUGAAGCGUGUCAAUCCGGGACGUGUUCGAACGCAUCAGCGGAAAUUCCUGCUGGCUAUAUACGCACUCAGGAAAGUGAAAAUGGAUCAGCGAAAAUUAAUGGACAAUGCCAACACCAUCACGGAUAUGGCCAAGACGCAGAACACAGUGUACGAGAUCGUGUCACACAUGAGCACGCGUCAGGACGGACUUGAAGAACGUCUGGUGAACCUGUCGGACCAGUUGGUCGCCCUAGAAGAGAAACUGAGCAGUCUGCACUCCCAGCUAGAUCUGCUGCCAGAGGAGUUGACCAGAUGCUUGGCUCAGCAUGCCGAGCGUAUAGAGCAGAGGCGAAACUUCCUUCACCCGGAUACCGCAGUCGCGAUGGCGCCGACUGGAGGCGGUGGUAGCGGUAUCCCAACCGGAAAUAGCUUAUCAAUGGGCGUCUCCGUGUCCGCUCAUCAUCCUCUGGCCAAUCUGUCAAAUUCGCUGCCACACUCCAGGAGCGUCCCAAGCGCGCCCAGCACCACGUCCCUUCACCCUUGGCCGGCCAACUCGAUCCUACCGCCAGUUUCGAGUCGCACGCCUCACCUGGUGCCUGAAACCGGAAGGCAUCACAGUCUGGCACAUUCCACGGUGGCCACGACCACGACCUCGCAGUCGGCCACCAGGUUCGCCUCGCAAUCUGGAAUGGGAGGACUGGGCAACAGUCAGGGGUCCGACACGUCUCCACACAGCUGAGUCUCGUCUUUGCAGCCGCAGCACUCGUAUUAAAAUAGGACAUGAACGUAUGAUUCGAUGUCCUGAACGACGCUCGCGUAUCAUUGAGUCCUUUCCCUGCGGACCGAUUCUCUAGUCUCGUUGUCUGUAAAUCUACGUCUGUUCUGUCUGUUUGUUAAACUCUUUCGAGGAUGGGAAGCUUCGCCAGGUCCAUCUUCGAGUGUACUGUGAAUUCGUUGACCAGUGUCCGCGAACCUCACGAAUAGUGAGGUCGUAGUAGGGUCGUGUUUGAUUGAUGAAAGUUUAACAUCGGCUUGACCGUGAGGCGAUAUCGAUCGUGUCGAUAUUAUGUGUAUAAAUGUUGUCUAGAGUGUAAUGUAUUUAAUUUAUUAAUUGGUAGGCAAUUACCAAUUCGGUUUGCGUAUAGCGAACGUUAUGUUUAGGAUAUUCCUUUCUUCAAAUUAAGUUUCGUGAUUUUAAAGGCAUCCUUGAGAAUUCAGAAGUAUAUCGAUGCGAAGAAAUCCUGUGGGCAACCUAAAUAAGUGCUCCACUCCUUUGCAAACUACCUGAAGGAAUUGAUUUCAGAUAUACUUGGACGUCUCAGUAUCUGCAUCCGUCGUAGCUAAUUCAAACAUCCAUUUCUUUUAAUUACGAAUCGAAUCGAUACACAAAGACGGUAUCGAAUUCGAUAUUUCUAACGAGCCAAAUAACGAAACUUCGCGACCAUCGCUGAAUAAACCGACUCGCCUACUUUUAUAGCCGCAGAUAAAACGAAAGUCUUGCAGUAGCAUCAACGACGGGUCCAAUCCUCUUCCCGAUUGACUGUGUUUUCUUACGUCAAAUGAUACCAAAAAAAAAGAGAUACUAGAGAAGGAAACCGUGCACGUAGGCGAACAUACAACACACAACAUAUGUGUAUAACAAGAGGGAAAAUCGAUCGAAAGUUUCGUGGUGGAGAUUCAAAGAGGCGUGCGUGGACGAAAGGGAGGGACUCACGGACGCGAGCGUCCACUUCCAAUUGCUGCGAGCUGCUCCCCUGCCCAACUUGCGUGCCUGAAAACUUUUUUCUUAAUGUUUAAAUAUAUAUUCGACACACACGAACUCCAUCUUAUCUCUGUAUACCUCGUGAAUAAAAAAAGAAGAAGGGAAAGAGGAGAAAGAGAAAGAAGAAGAAAAAGGGACGUGGACAGGCACAAGGUGUGUUUAACGUUUUACGUGUAAUCUGCGUGGAGAACGUCUCCCCUCGAUGAGGACAAGGGUGGCUCUUAAGCUGGACGAGCGCACAGCGAACGUCACGUGUUAGAAAGAAAAGUUUCAAACUCAUUUAUUAGGGAAAUAUAUAUCGUUUUAAGGAAGGGAAUAUAUACGACAUUGUGUUCGUUUACGUGAAUUUUUGUUUCACUUGAGAUCGCAUGCAAGAAGGUGUAAAGAUAGCGUACAGUAUUUUACGAAUAUUUUAAACGAUAUACGCGUAAAUAGGUUUUCAAAUAACAGUUUCUUAGUCGUUUCGAUCCGAAAUAACGAAACGUCUGACAUAUACUACUUGUCUGACUAUCUUCUCCUCUUUGCGAGCUGAUCCUUACGUUUUCUGUCAGUGGACGAAGAAAAUGGAAAACGUAGAAUUCUUCUUCGAGCUGUGAUUAACGUUACGUCGAAAGCUUAUUAAGUACAAUCACGUGGUGACGUAUCUUGCGUGAAUCAUAGCUUAUAGAUACGAAUACCAAACUUCGAAAUUGUAUUAUAUCUUUCGAGAGAAACAACUUGAAAGAAAUAUCUAAAAAAUUUAUAACGAAGCGAUUUAUUUAAAGAAGAAAAGAAGAAACUGAAAUUUUAUUACGAUUGGCCAUUUACCCCUUCCCUAAUAUUUUUAUCUCUUCGCAAUUUUAUGUUAUCGAUAAUGAGUAAAUUAUACCAUCUCGUGAUUGUACCUCCGUAAUAUACCUUCCAAAAAACAACCGAACACGAACAGAGGGAAAGAAAAUCGGGUCAAUCGAGUGAGCGGUGGUUAAUCGAGGACAAAGUAUAUUGUCAACGCACUUCCGUAUCGAAUCACGCUGGACGAGCUUGAAGGGCCACCGAAGAAGCCACGAAGCAAAUGUCCGAAGCUGAUGGAAGGAGAACGCAAAGUGAUCUUAUCCGCUUUAACGUCCGUAGGUUACAUAGGAUAUUAUAUUGUUAGUGUAUACAAAGUGUAUGUACAUGGCGCAUGGGUACAAAGGCUACGUUUCCACCGAAGGGGGAAAUUUUUUUUAUAAACGGUCUACGCACGCCGGUCUACGCGUGUGUGCACGAUGGUCCACCGUAAAUAUUGAUUUUAUCGAAAAUUGUUACCGACGAAAAUGCUGCAGUUCAAAGGGGAUGCACCGUGUAACUUGUUUAAUCGUCUCAAAGGGAUUAUUACACCGAUUUACAAGGGCAAACAGUAUAUUUUCGAAAGAACGAGUUUAUUUCUCGCGAUAGAACAUUGUAAUAAAUUUAUUGACGUGUUAAAAAAAGAAAAUGUAACCUCAGAUUUACCUUGACCUAUCUUCCUACACCGUGACAAUUUCUUUCGUGUAUCCGAAUCUUUUGGACAUUUGGACGUUCGUGUGAAAGAAACUGCUUUCAGAUGUGUUCAGAAAUUCGAAGUGGCGAGAUACUUCGAAGUAUCCAAAAAGUGUUCCGUUAAUUCUUCUCUGACGAAGGAAAUGAUGUUAGCAUAUUUCUCGUUAAGGCAGAAAUAUUUCCACGAAGAAGACGAUAAAAUCAUGGCGACUAGUUAAAAAUGUAAAAAGUAUAGUCGACUCUGAAUCACGUGUUUAUACAUAUUGAAAUUUCUCACGAAAUUAUUUUGUACGACUUAAACGUCUUUUUAAGAUUGUGUCCAGAUUUUAAAUUACGUAAGCAAAUUCCUUUCCUGCGAAGUUUUAAGAUGAUUUUGAGAUUAUACCGUAAAACGUAGAACUUUUAAUAACAAGUCGAAGGAUCUCCUGUGAACUGUAUGAAUUUUCUUAACAAUAUUUAAAAAAUAAAUAUUUAUAAGAUGGUGCAAUUUUAACUGGACCAAUACGUGCACUCACAUGAAACCGCCGCCAGAGAUAAGUUUAAUUGAACGAAAUAGGACUAGACAAAUAGAAUGUAAUCGAUUAGCGAACGAAAUCUACGAGACUGCGUGAAACGACACAUAAAACAGGAAGUUGUAACAUACCCCAUAAAACCUCACUACAUCCUUAUAAAUAGCAGAACUUUAUAUGAACCUAUUUGACAAGCAAUUCAUAUACACAAAGAAAUUCUCUGAUUUUCCUUAUUCUCUAUGAUUCUUCGUUCAAAUAGGAGUUCACAUUUACAAAAGAUUCAAUCGAUAACAAUUCGUUUAAUCGUUCAUUGAGUAAGAUUUCGUUUAAAUAAAUAGACUUCACGUAAACGAAGUUCUAUUGUACCUUAUCCACAAAACACGCUUCCGUUUCCGAGAACAUCAUACUCACAUUUUAAUCAAAAGAGUACAUGUGUUGUUCUUUUUAUUUCAGAAAUGAAUAAAGUCAAACAGAUGCAAUUGUUAUUAUCAUAUGCAAUAUUAAUACGAAAUUCGUAUCGGGUGAAAUUUCGUUCAUUUGGUGAACGAGAAUUCUUUACUUAGCUUCCAUUUCUUUAGUUGUAUUCAUAACGGUAUGAAUUCCAUAAAAAUCCCCCAUCUAUACAUAAUUGUGUAAAACUUCUUCACGUAUAACACACAAUCCUUUACACAGCCAGGAUAUUCGAUUAAAUUACCACUUCCUGUUUGAGUGAGGAUUUCAGUCAGUCCGGAAAGACAGACGCCCUUCCUCGCCGUGUAUGCAUUGUGUGCGACCGUGAAAACUGUUGCCGGUUCUGAGCGGAAGUUAACGCGGCCACGGGUCGGUCGACCUUAUCGCGGUUAAUCCGUCGAGGGUGGCCGAAGUUCCGGUCGCGUGACGUUCGAUCGUUCCCGGGCAAGUCUGCGAAUGCGAUCACACCGAUAUCUCUCGAUACGGAAACGCACCGGACGCGUUACGUUGCCGCUGGCAAUUCAAGUUAAUUACUUUAAUUGAUACUAAACGUUGACGUUGACUACGUGAUCGGGGGAAGGGAAAACGAGAGUACGUUAACGAGCUGCGUCGACGGAAGUAAUCGUGUCACGCGACGCAACGAUUAAUUUCUUCGACGCGAUCACGUAUAUAUACAUGUUAUAUACAUACACAUAUAUAUACAUAUAUAUUAUACACAUACGCACGCACACGGACACACAUACAUGAAAAACAAUAUACCAUACGAGGACAUCGUUAUACAAUGAACGAAUACACGAAUAAUAUACACAAAGAGAGAAACAGAUACCUAUUAUUGAUAACAUAUUAUGAUAUUCGAUGGAUUGUUUCGUAAUAUAUUAUUAAUUUUCGGCGCGGUAAUGACGCGUUGUUAAGUUGUCCAUGCAUUCGACGUGCAGAGAUUCGUUCUAUCCGACGUGAUCAAUCCCGAUGUUGUUCAGACCUCAGUGAAACGAACAUACAGCGACGACGUUAUACACGUAGCGAGGAUAAAGUGGAGAAAAACGAGGUGAGAGAGCGAAAGGAAAGAAGAUAGUAACGAUAAGAUUGUACGAUCAAGACGCAGGGAAAAAUUAAAGGAACUGCGAAGAUCGAGAUUUUUGGGGGCAGACGGGAUGGAAAGUCUCGAAGGAGAAGGAAACGACGAAGAAGAGAUGCAAAAAGCGGAUCGAUUGGAUGAAAGGGAAAAGGGUCACGUAGCUCUCUAGACAGUUACUUCAAGUUGAAGAAAAAAACGCGCACAUAUUCAUUCACACACAUAUAUACACUCGUGAAAGAACAAAAGCUAGUUCCUUAAUCAAUGAUGGAAGAAAAGAAGGCUUAUUCUCUGCCCUCAGAAAUAGUCGAGCGUUCAUUCCCGCGAUAAAUGUUGGGACCUGGUUUGUCUUGUCCGUCAUUGUUUCAUUUCGAAAGCGUUGUUUCGCGGCCACUACGAAACGCGAAACGGGACCAAAGAAAAAAAAAAGACACAAUUGUCACAAAACGUUCUCAUUCCCCUUCUAUCUUCUAUCCUCUUCUCUGGCUGCCUCCAUUCAAUCUCUCUCUGCCUCUCUAACUCCUAUGAUUCUCUCUUCUUAGCCAAUUCUCUGUUAUCCAUUAUAAAAGUAUACCCCUCUAUCUGUCUUCUACCUCCAUACGUCUCUCUUUCUCCUAAUUCCUCUCUCCCUCCUCCCUCCCUCCCUCCCUC